AUGGUUCUUGUGGUGUCGCCUACCCACCGUUGCAUGUCUGUUUCAGUGUCUCAUGGCCAUUCUCUUAUCCACCAUGUCGGGACGUGCGAGACAAUGUUGCCGAUCCGGGGUGACCUGCGUGGCAUAUUGGCCAGAGAUAUUAGUGGUGCCCACGUACGCGCAAUGGCCGCCGCGACGUCAUCCCGUCAAGGGGCAAAGGUUGACCGCCACCAAUGGUCCAUGACCAUGAGAGAUACAGGGAGGACUAUCACCCGUAAGUUCGUAAUCGUAGGUCCCAAAUAUCCCCAAAAGAUGUCGUGCUCACACGCUAAACUUGGCGGCUGCCAAGCUUCCCCGCUAAGGCCCGCUAAGGAAGAAAGUGGUUCCCUUAAGGUUUGCGAUUGUCUGAGGGGACCUCCGUCUCUCAACAGCCUAUGA